AUGGUUAAUGAGCAGUCAUCAGAUGAUGAAGAGACUGUGGACGUCCGAUCUUUGCCAUUGAAGCCACCGCAGCGUCUCCAGCCUCCGGAAAAACCUGUGCGCCGUGCAUGGCACCCGAUAAUGUGGGAUGAAAAGAAGGACAUUGCUCCAAAUAAUAACCAAAUGGAACAGGAGCAGCUACAAUCGAACGAGUAUCCCCACACAAAACGCAUACGCAAUCUUCGUCGAUUAAUUGCUGAGGGCAAAGUGAAGCCCGAGUCGGAGACAUUGAUAUUUUUCCUUUGUAACAAAUUUGCGGUUUCUGACGAUCGACGAAAAAAGUUUGAAUAA